AAAUAAAAGAAAAAAAACCCUAAGAAACUAAAUUGACGUCUACUGAACUGUUUGGGUUCAUCUUCAUCAACGAAAAAUCACGAUUUCUCCAUUGAUGCUGAUUUCAAUACCCAUUAAUGGACUCACCCGUAUUUAAUUACAUUAGCAACCUUUCCCCCAUACAACCCGUCAAGGCGGGACCUGUUGUUCAAGGAUUUCCUGGGCUAGCUUCACCUCCUCUUGUAUUUACUUCACCACGCAUAAAUUCACAAACAAGUUUCAUCAACAGGAAGCUGCAAUCUUCUAGUUCUGGUACAAAAUCUUCUCAAGACCAUGAUGAUUGUCGGAAAGAUGAAAGGGAUUCGGAGUUUUCAGUUAAACUAGAUUCUGGACUUAAUUAUCCAUUGGUAAAUAGUGAUCAAAAGGCCGGCAAUACUGAGAAUUUACUACAAAUUUCACAUUGCAGCCCUUCUGGUUGCGUUGAUGAUUUUGUAAUUGAUCCUGGGCAAUGCGCGGAGGAGUCUUCACAUAAUUUACAUUCUGAAAGUGCCUUUCCGUUUCUAAAAGGUGGUGGUUUGGAGAAAAAAGAUAAUGGUGAUGGAAAACUUGUUGGUCAAGAUGCUUCUGCAUUGCAAAAGGGUAAAACGACUGCACAAUCAAAGUCAAAAAUCAGUUUUAAGCUUAUCAAAAAUCAAGCACGACAUCUAUUACCAUCUUCUGAGUGUUCGAGCAGGUUGUUGAUGGAUCAUACAUUUGAAAAUUCUCAAACUGCAGAUUCUAUUAAUGAGACUAGUCACUCUGAACGUGGUUGUCUUAGGCGUUGCCUUUUUGAGGAGAGUCAAAGGAAGCAUCCUGCUGAUGGAACCGAUUACUUAAAUCCUAUUUCUAAUGUCCAGAUCACUGAUUCUGUCAACGAAUCCACUGAAAAAUCAACCAAACCCACUAUUGCUUCAUGUGUUUCUACUGUUGCCAUUUCCAAGCCACUAGGUAUAGGGUUGCAUUUGAAUAGUGUAGUUUACCCCAGAUCAACAGAUAGAGUAAUUGGUAAUCAGGAAUCAUCUACCGUAAAAGCGGAAAAGAAGAGUUUUGUUGCAAAAAACCUGUCAGAUGAAACGGUUACUGACUCCAAUGUAAUUGAAAAAGUUCCAAUUAGACCUAAGGAGACAGAUCAACAUAAGGCCUGCUUAUUUCCUACUUCUGACAAUACUAUAGAUUCGGAUGCUAUUGAACAAAUCAAUGAUGCCACAGAGGUAAAGCUAGAUGAUAGUUCUAACUCAUCAUGUGACAAGAGAAAAUUAAGUUCGGAUGGAGCUGAAAAUCAUGGGUCUAGCCUUGCAGUUCUAAGCUCUCAGAAGAAAAGGAAAAAGGGUUCAACCUCUAUGGAUGAUGACACUGACAAACGAUGUAAUUGCAGAAAAACCAAAUGUUUAAAGCUUUAUUGUGAUUGUUUUGCUGCUGGAUUUUAUUGCGGUGAAUCUUGUGCUUGCCAAGGGUGCUUCAAUAGACCAGAAUUCAAAGACACCGUUAUUGAGACAAGGCAGCAAAUUGAGUCUAGAAACCCACUUGCAUUUGCGCCUAAAAUUGUGCAGCCAAUCACAGGCUUUCCUGCUAUUGUUGAGCAGGAACUGAGCACUCUGUCAACUCCAUCUUCGGCAAGGCAUAAAAGAGGAUGCAAUUGCAAAAAAUCAAUGUGCCUUAAAAAAUAUUGCGAGUGUUAUCAGGCUAAUGUGGGAUGCUCAGAAGGAUGUCGCUGUGAAGGAUGUAAAAAUAUAUAUGGAAUAAAAGAAGAUUAUAAUAUUGCGAGAGAAAUUAUGAUCAAGAGAGCAUCUCUUGAAAUGUCAGAAGGAACAACGAUGGCCAACAGUAAUUUUCCCAGCAGUAGGAUGCAUAAUUAUCCUCACUUGUCGCCAGUUACACCAGCAUUAGAGUGCUCAGAUCAGAGAAAAAAUGCUCCCAAAUCUCGGCUACCCUUCAGGAGAUUUAUGCAGACUUUAGAUUCUCAUCAUGAUAUGUUGACGUCUGAAGGGAGACCUUCGUCUCCAGAAAUUUCACAAUGCCAUGGUGUCCUGUUAGAAAAGACUAAAUCUACAGAUUUAGUUGCUCUUCAUGCCGAAAAAGUUUCGGAGAACACAGUAGAAUUAGUAGGGACGGAUGAUGAUCCCAUACUUGCACCCUGUUCGCAAUCGUCAGAUACUGAUGUGAUAAAUAGCAACUCGAGGAACGUUUCACUGCCUCAUUCUUCUGCUGAAUGCGUCCCACCGCCACCUAGUAGCGUACUCAGAUGGCGAAGCUCACCCAUAACACCAUGUAGACAGUCGGUCACUCUUGAUCUCAAAGAUUUUGGUGCUGGCAGCAAAGACCCUGACAUGUUUGAAGAUGACACGCCUGAGAUACUGAAGCACUCAUCUACCACUGUCAAAUCUGUGAAAAUGAGCUCUCCAAAUAAGAAGCGCAUCUCCCCCCCACAUCAUCUCAAUAACUCUUCAGAAUCUCUGAGAAGUAGCCGCAAAUUUGUAUUACGCGCUGUGCCUUCGUUUCCGUCACUUACACCUUAUUCCAAAACCGGCAGGGAUGACACAAAAGGUCAACCAUAACUUUAGAAGCCUGAUCAUGCCAAAUCAUACCCAACACAUUCAUGGUAUUAUAUUGUCUUAUGUGUAUCAGCUUGCAUAAGCAGUACAUUCCAGGACAUAUUAGUGAAUACAAGGUUUGUCUCUUGAACUCCGGAUAUGGGAAACACUAUUUUGUGAGAUCCACUCUCGGUCUUAUGCGGACAAGCUGCAAUAUGGUCACAGGUACUAAAAUAGUGUCAAUUGUUAGUCAGUUUGCACCACAAUCUGAAUAAUAGCCCUGAUUGUAUAUGUGAGAUCUUUGAGAUGUAACCUAAUUCUAGUCUCUCCCUUUACGGACCCUUUAAGGGUGUAUUUUUUUUUCCCUCUAAUUGAAUACUUUCAGGGGGGUUAAGAAAAAGGAAGUAAAAUAAUUUUUUAUUUGUACUGGAAUUGGUGAAUAUCACAGGUUCUUACAGUUAUUAUUCAGCAUUUGUCUUUUCAAUGCUCAUCUUUUUGUACUAGAUUGAUUGCUUCAUUCUGGAAUUGAUUGAGCAGAGCUUUAUGACAGUGUUGCUCGACUUGUCUUGUACCUCUAAUUUACCUUUGUAGGUGUGAAUCAGAACCAGGGUUGUGAUUGUAUAAUUAUGGAUUUUAGAAAGUAA